AUGGAUAAGGAUGAAAUUGACCUUCAGAGAAUCCCCCCAGAGGCACCUUGGGGGCCACACACUGACAGUGCAUUUCAUGGGGUGGAAUUUCUGCCAGAAGAUCUUGGUGAGGCUCUGAAUAAGACUGCAAUGAGAGUGAAUGAGAAAUAUUCCUCUCUACCUGCUGAGGAGAAGGGGAUUCAUAUUAUCAACAUCCGAGCUAUUGAAGACAUCGGAUACAUCCAGCGUGAAAGUACAUUAUUAAAUUCGCUGUGUCAGGAUCCAGAUGCCAACUGCAAACAUGGACUCUAUUUUAGAGAUGGCAAGAGGAAAGUGGACUACAUCUUGGUUUACCAUUACAAGAAAUCCUCAGUCAGUAAGACGCUCACUAGACGAAUUCAUCACAAUGAUUCAAGUGCCCGAAGUAUCAAACAGGAUCAUCAGCUUCCUGGGAAGGGCGGGCACCUUGACGUGGGAGAAAGUGAGCUUCACAUGGACUAUCACGAAGAUGAUAAGAGAUUCCGCAGAGAGGAGUAUGAAGGCAACCUCAUGGAGGCUGGUCUGGAAUUGGAAAGAGAUGAAGAUACUAAAAUACAUGGGGUUGGAUUUGUAAAAAUACAUGCACCUUGGAAUGUUUUGUGCCGGGAGGCAGAAUUUCUGAAACUCAAGAUGCCCACAAAAAAGGUGUAUCAGAUAAAUCAAGCCCAUGGUCUUUUGAAAAAAAUUAAUUCUGUAAUUCAAAAAAUAACAGAACCUAUCCAGCCAAAAGUAGCAGAACACAAACCAGAGACAGUGAAACGCCUCUCUUACCCCUUCUCCCGGGAGAAACAACACUUAUUUGAUUUGUCUGACAAAGAGUCCUUUUUUGACAGCAAAACUAGAAGCACGAUAGUUUAUGAAAUAUUGAAAAGAACAACAUGUACCAAAGCCAAGUAUAGCAUGGGGACAGGAGAGGGAAGAAAGACGGAAACUACCCUUUUAAAUAAAAGAUGGAAAUGUGGUAAAUAUGGAAUCACCAGUCUGCUUGCCAAUGGAGUUUACAGUGCUGCAUAUCCUUUGCAUGAUGGUGACUACGAAGGUGAAAAUGUUGAGCUCAAUGACAGAAAACUCCUGUGUGAGGAAUGGGCAAGCUAUGGAGUCUUUUAUAAAUACCAGCCAAUUGACCUGGUGAGAAAAUACUUUGGAGAGAAGAUUGGACUGUAUUUUGCCUGGCUGGGAGUUUAUACUCAAAUGCUCAUUCCUGCUUCCAUUGUAGGGGUUAUUGUGUUUCUGUAUGGCUGUGCGACCGUGGAUGAGAAUAUACCAAGUAUGGAGAUGUGUGAUGAGAGAAACAAUAUCACCAUGUGUCCUCUAUGUGACAAUACAUGCAGUUACUGGAAAAUGAGCUCUUCCUGUGCCACUGCUCGAGCGAGUCACCUGUUUGACAAUCCAGCAACUGUCUUCUUCUCUGUCUUUAUGGCUCUGUGGGCUGCCACUUUUAUGGAACACUGGAAGAGAAAACAGAUGCGUCUCAACUAUAGAUGGGAUUUGACUGGGUUUGAAGAAGAGGAGGAGGCAGUCAAGGCUCAUCCCAGAGCAGAAUAUGAAGCUAAAGUAUUAGAAAAAUCACUGAGGAAAGAAUACAUACAUAAAAAGAAGCGUCGACAUUUGCCAGAAGAGACAGGAAACAAAUGGAGACAGAGAGUUAAGACAGUCAUGGCUGGGGUGAAAUUGACUGAUAAAGAGAAACUGACAUGGAAAGAUCGUUUUCCAGCAUAUUUUACCAAUUUUGUUGGCAUUAUCUUCAUGAUUGGACUGACAUUUGCUAUCGUGUUUGGAGUCAUUAUAUACAGAAUCUCCACUGCAGCAGCCUUAGCCCUCAGCUCAACUCCCUCUGGCCGGUCUAGUGUUAGAGUAACAGUCACUGCAACUGCAGUUAUUAUUAAUCUGGUGGUGAUCAUCAUUCUGGAUGAAGUAUAUGGCUGCAUAGCCAGGUGGCUAACUCAGAUUGAGGUCCCAAAAACAGACAAGAGUUUUGAAGAGCGGCUGAUCUUCAAGGCCUUCCUUCUGAAAUUUGUCAAUGCCUACACUCCCAUUUUCUAUGUUGCUUUUUUCAAAGGCCGAUUUGUUGGACGUCCAGGAGACUAUGUCUACAUUUUUCAUUCUUUCCGAAUGGAAGAGUGUGCCCCUGGUGGUUGCUUAAUGGAAUUGUGUAUCCAGCUUAGUAUUAUCAUGUUGGGCAAACAGCUGAUUCAGAAUAAUCUCUUUGAGAUUGGUAUCCCAAAAAUGAAGAAAUUAAUAAGAUACAUCAAAUUAAAGCGACAACGCUCUUUAGAUCAUGAGGAGCAUAUGAAAAAAAAACAACGCUAUGAAGUGGACUAUAACUUGGAGCCUUUUGCUGGGCUUACUCCAGAAUACAUGGAAAUGAUUAUCCAGUUUGGAUUUGUAACCUUGUUUGUUGCAUCCUUCCCGCUGGCUCCUUUGUUUGCGUUGUUGAACAACAUCAUUGAAAUACGUCUAGAUGCAAAGAAAUUUGUCACUGAGCUUAGAAGACCAGUUGCAGUCAGAGCAAAAGAUAUAGGAAUCUGGUAUAAUAUCCUCAGAGGUGUAGGAAAACUUGCUGUAAUAAUAAAUGCAUUUGUGAUCUCAUUCACAUCUGACUUCAUUCCACGCCUCGUGUACCUGUAUAUGUACAGUGAGAAUGGCACCAUGCAUGGCUUCGUGAACCAUACGCUAUCCUCUUUUAAUGUCAGCGAUUUUCAAGGAGGAACAGCUCCAAAUGACCCAAUGGAACUUGGCUACGUGGUUCAGAUAUGCAGAUACAAAGAUUACCGAGAACCCCCAUGGUCUGAAAACAAAUAUGAAAUUUCAAAGGACUUCUGGGCUGUCCUAGCAGCAAGAUUAGCAUUUGUGAUAGUUUUUCAGAACUUGGUCAUGUUUAUGAGUGACUUUGUGGACUGGAUUAUCCCAGACAUUCCCAAGGACAUUAGUCAGCAGAUUCAUAAAGAGAAAGUUCUCAUGGUGGAGGUGUUCAUGAAAGAAGAACAGGGAAAGCUGCAAAUGCUAGAAACCUGGAAAGACAAGGACAUGAAAAAAGGUGAAAACUGUAACAACCACAGCCCCAAGCUCUCAAGGAGCCAAAGCGGGAGCAUGUCCUCCUGCCAUUCAUAUCACAUUGAUGUAUAG